UUCCUUUUCCUUCUUUCCUAUUCUGCCUACUCUGAUAUGCAAAGACCCUUAGAUAGACACCCAAAGCUUUCUCCUUUUCCUCCAAACAUGUCCUGCAUUCACAGCUAUGGCUCCAUAGCUUGCUUCUCUGCUCCCUCCUCCGCUUCAUUAACAAGAAGGAGAUCCAGUCUCUCCCCCAAGCCUCGAAUUCUCUGCGCUUUAGGAGGGAGUGUGGCUGAGCCUCAAGUUACCUCAGUGGCUGAACCCCUUUUGCUCAAUGCGGUUCGGGGUGAAGAUGUGGAGAGACCCCCAGUUUGGCUGAUGAGGCAAGCAGGGAGGUACAUGAAGAGUUAUAUGGAUCUCUGUGAGAGGCAUCCUUCUUUUCGAGAAAGAUCCGAAAAUGUGGACCUUGUAGUUGAGAUUUCGCUGCAGCCAUGGAAGGUUUUCAAGCCUGAUGGAGUCAUUUUGUUCUCGGACAUUCUUACUCCGCUCUCUGGGAUGAACAUACCGUUUGACAUUGUUAAAGGCAAGGGUCCAGUGAUAUUUAAUCCCUUGAGUAGUGCUGCGGAUGUUGAUGAAGUGAGAGAGUUUGUUCCUCCAGAGUCGGUUCCGUAUGUUGGGGAAGCAUUGACAAUCUUGCGAAAAGAGGUAGAUAAUAAGGCGGCGGUAUUAGGUUUUGUUGGUGCUCCUUUCACGUUAGCAUCAUAUGUGGUGGAAGGUGGUUCAUCAAAGCACUUCUCAAAAAUAAAGAGAUUAGCUUUCUCUCAACCCAAGGUCCUCCACGCAUUACUUCAGAAGUUUGCAACUUCAAUGACAAAGUAUAUUCAAUACCAAGCUGAUUGUGGAGCUCAAGCUGUUCAGAUAUUUGACUCAUGGGCCACAGAACUCAGCCCGGUUGAUUUUGAGGAAUUUAGUCUUCCAUACUUGAAACAAAUUGUGGAUGCAGUGAAACUGACUCAUCCAGAUCUUCCUUUGAUUCUGUAUGCAAGCGGGUCUGGGGGUUUGCUUGAGAGGCUGGCUUUGACUGGCGUGGAUGUAGUUAGCUUGGAUUGGAGUGUUGACAUGGCUGAAGGUAGAAAACGACUGGGACCAGAUGUAGCCGUUCAAGGCAAUGUGGAUCCUGGUGUUCUAUUUGGUUCAAAGGAUUUCAUCACCAGCAGAAUACAUGAUACUGUGAGGAAAGCUGGUAGAGGGAAACAUAUUUUGAAUCUUGGCCAUGGAAUUGUAGUAGGUACACCCGAGGAGAAUGUUGCUCAUUUCUUUGAAGUUGCAAAAGACAUCAGAUAUUAACAAUUUUGCUUAGUUGAGUUCUGUCUUUAUUUUUUGUUCCAAUUCAAGUCCUUUUGGCA